AUGGAUUCAUCUCAUGUUCCAAUCAUCAUAGACCUCCUAUCAUCUGGGAAACUCAAAGAGAGGAAUCAUGGGCUAGACGAAUUGACCACAAUUCUCAAACAGGAACCCGCAAAUUUGCCCUCCAAGUACUUGUACCCCAUCCUGCAAGUUUUGGUGGAUCUCAUUGAACUGGAGAGAACGAAAUAUGAGAGAUUGGCGCUCGAUCAGUCCAAUUCGUCGGAGAGCAAGAUCACUGCUAUAGAAAAUAGACUCUCGUCAGCUGCUUACGUCUUAAGAUUGCUGGUGCAAACCUCCAAUUCGAAGUUCAAAUCAAAGCAUGUCAGAUUCCUAGUUGCAACGUUGCCUAGCUUGAUGGUCGAUGUAGUGACUGGAGAUUUGGCAGCUAGUGUCUCUCUACACUUGCUUUCUUCUUUGGAGAGCUUGAUAGACAGUGAGUGUUUCCGUUUAAAGUUCGAGCCUCACCAGUGGGUUGCGCUGGUUGAAAAACUGUCCAGACUUUUGUCAACACAUUUAGAACACUCCUUGAGCAACAAAAAUAUACAUUGUUUGAUGAAUGUACUCAGCUCUCUUCUUCUGUUGGACUGCACUUGUCUCCCGGAAGUUGAAUCGCACCUCAUAGAGCCUCUAGUCAAGUACUUGAGCAACUCGAAGACCGAGAACGCCGCUGCGAAAGCAGCACUGCAUUUGAUAAACACCUACAUUGUCCAAAGUCAUUUAAUCAACUACUCUAACUGCCUCGAGUUGAUGGAAACUACAAUUCGAUUUUUUGUGAGCAUCAAGAAGUUCAGUACAACGGGCCUCGCUUAUGAGUUUGCCGCUUUUAAUAUUUUUCUCAGCACGCUGGUCAACUCGCCUCUCUAUCUGAAGAUGCAUGCAGGUCACUUACCCACCAGUUUUGAUACCGGUCGGUUUCUUGACAUUUUCGAGGAUUACGUGGCGGCCACAUUGGCUAACUUUGACCCCACAAAGCUUGACUUGAAGGGCUUUCAGUUCAAAAAAACAUCUUCAAGAUCAGAGUGGCUAGAGUUUCAUGAUUUUCAAAUGCGUAACGGCCUUGACGUAGAGCCAUGUGUUGACACUUUGGCCACCGCGCAACUGAUAAACUGCUUCUUUUCCAUUAUUGUUCCGUUAGAAACAGAACAAGGCUUACUUUUUAAAAAAACCAGAAGAGAUGAGUCCAUUGAGUCUCUUCUAAAAGAUGCAAUUGAUGCUGUUGACUUCAUAGCCCGUUGUAUCGAAAGCACACAAGAAAGACUGCAACUUAUUGGUCUACAAUUGUGUGGUUUCUACGCAACUAAUUCAAAUUUACAGCCAUCUGAAUGUGAUCGCCUGGCUGCUCUCGUCUUUCAAAAGUUUGAAACGCCGCGUUUAGAAGGGUGGGUCUGUUUCGCGUUUCUACCUUUGGUGUCGGAUGAAAACUCUCACUUGGAGCCGAACCUGAUCCAAAAAGUAUUUGUACAAUGCCUUUCGCUGAUCAAAUCGCAGGAUUUUUGUCGACUUGCAUGUGCAUUAUUAAAGAAUCUGAUACACUUUCAUGAUCGCGAUUUAGCUUCGGAAAAUUCCAUCGGUCAACAAGUAACCCACUUAUUUGAACUGGCGGAUGUAAAUGGCCCAGCUCUAGUUAAUGACGAAUCUUUCGCGUUCUGGAAGAGCUUGUGUGGACUCGAAUUUUGUUACAAACCUGUAUCGCAAAUGCCACUUUCGGCCAAAAUUGAAUCAUGGCUGAUGUCUAAGUGGGAUCAACUUGACCUCGAGAAGCCAGGUCAACAGAACUUUCAUUAUUUCGCUGCAUGGUUAGCUGGCAAGGAGGUUACAAACUUCGAACUUCACGAGCAAGAGAGCCUCCUUUCUUUGAAACCCAGCAAAUACUAUUCGGCUUGGAAAAAUCUUUCGAAAGAACGCGGAUAUCUUCUCGCUGCUAUCUGUGGCAGACGGCGGUCAAAAGCUUUAAAAGUAUCAACGCGGACUUUGCCCGAGCCCAGCGAGCUUCUUCAACUGUGGUCCAAAUUCACAGCUUUCCCGAGAAAGUCAACCCGAGACAAUACUUUCAAGAUAAGGUGGUGUUGUGAAGCUAUUAAGUUGAGCUUUGAUUUGGUUGGCGAUCAGCGGCUUGCUGACCGUUUAGAAGACCUGAGUGAUCAAAUUGUUGCUAUUGCAAAUAAUAUUGAUGAUCCAUACGCUUUUUUUUCCCAAGGUAUACUCAUUGAAAUAUACCACCUCAAAACAGUCAGCACUCGGGCGCAUAUUUUGUUGUCAAAUUUAGGAAUUCCCAACAUCUUAGAAGAGCUUAGAAAAUUGAUCUUUGAAGAAGCUACUGAGAAUGACACUGAAAACGUUGAUGACUUUGAGAAUUCGCGAGAGCUGAGAUCUCAAAGCUCAACACCAAAGCCUAAUCCAAGGAACUUUGCGGAGUGCGGAGUCUCCAUUUUUGAAAAUGUCUUGAAGCUACUUCCUGUCGAAGGCUCGUCGCUCUUUGGAGUUUCAAACCAGCAAAAGCUUUCUAGUGUUGUGAAGCUUUUGGAUGGGCUUCCUGAAAAGUACAUUAUCAUUUCCGUUCCAUUUAUAUCUCAAUUCCUUAAGGAGCUUGACGCUUCUGAGAUGGACAAACAAUUAUUAGAGCAAUUGACGCAAGUUUUGGCCUCUACACUGUUAAGUGUAAAAUACAAUACUUCCAAUGAAGCAAUCUCCAGCCUGGCAAUGUACUUGGACUCCAUUCGAUGGGUGUGGAUAACGAAUAAGGAUGAUGACCUAAAAGCGGACCUGAAGGAUAUCUUUCAAUGGAUUAUCUCCAAGUUGCAUGAGAAUUUAUUCUGUGGUAUUUCUGCCGUCACCAACAUUUCGAAACUUCUUCUGAAUAUGCUAAGGUUCCAUGACCUGUCUGCUGGAGUGAUCAUGGGUGGUAAACAGAAGGUUUUUGGAGACCUGAUUGCUUGCGUCCGACGAGUGCCGCUUUUUGUGAUAGUAAAGGCGCUCCAAGGAUUCCAGCAUUACUUGGCGCAGAUUAGUUUCAAAAACCAGAGCAUAGUUUUUGCCGAGAUAGCAGACAUCUUCAAGCCAUCGACAAACUCCAUUGAAGUUCCCGCCUUUCAUGCAAUGAUUCUAUCCAAGGUAGAUGCCGCAGCUACUUGCCAGGCCGUGUUGUCGGCCCUUGAAAUGAUGUCCUUUAGAAACGAUCAGCUAACUCUUUUUUAUGGAAAACGCUGCUUUGACACUCUUGCACUCUCUAAUGGAUUGGCUUCCAAGCAAGACCUGUUUCAUUUGUGUCGCUUCGACGUUAUCGAGUAUUGGUACCAGAAAAGUCUCGGUAAUCCGUCAGCAGCAUUUGAUACAUGGCAAAUUCAUGCUUUUGAAUUCGAGUCACUGGACAUCUUCUUGAAGGAAUCUGUGAUGGAGCUGUCCGCCAUUUACUUCUCUCACAAAACUAAGUUAGACUUUUUCAUUAAACGCUUAGGCGAGGUGAACGGGCAAAAGGAGACGGGUCUCCUUGAGAACUGUCUUCAGCUAGCUCUACCGCUUUGCCACGCCAUAGCAAAACGACCGGAUGAACUUGGAAGAUACCUCAGAGAUCAUCUUGGCAAGCGCUACACCAAGCUCGUAGGAGAUCUCUCUCACGAAAUAGCGUACUGGGUACUUCAUUUCACACAGUUAGAUAUUCUCGACGACUUGCGGUCCGCCUUUGAUUUACUCUUUCCUGAUUCUAUGCUGCCGAAAGUACUUCUCGCUGACUCUUCCAUGAAACUCAAAGGUCAUUCCCGUGUGCACAUUGUGGCUUCCGCCUCUCUGAGUCUACUCAAGACGCACUUGAACGCGCACCACUGGGAUCAUCGUGAUCUGAGCACUUUGCUGUCGAGAUUGACGGUAGAUCUGGAGGCAACUGCCGCUGCUCAUUUGAAGAUAAAUGUUCUGAGGCAAAUGAAAUGUCUUCUGGUGCUAGCUGAAAGUUCGCUAAAGAAUUGCACCUUUUUGCCCAGGUUAGUUCGCGUCUUAGCUCAUAACUUCAACCUCAAGGAAUUGCGCACGGAGUUGCAAGGCCUAAUCAACUGCAUUGUGUGCCUCGGCUUGAGCCAGAGCGCGGACGUGGUUGAAAUGUAUUCUGCGGUUUUCUCAUGUUUACUCUCGGACCAGGCAGCUUCUGAUUCAGCACUUAUUGAGUCUUUGGAGCACCACAUAAAAGUCACGGACUCCGGUGCCAUCAAAGAGUAUGCUAAUACAUGGAAAACCUGCUUGAAUAUCCUGAGAGGGGGAAUUCUAGAUGCAACCGUUUACUUAGACGAUGCGCUGCUGAGAAUAGAUUCUCCAUCACAGGAGAGAUUUUUGCUGCUCUCACAAAUAUUUAACUUUCAUGCAGAGCCGAAGCCCCUUCCUAUCGACUUCAAUUAUUCUGUUCAAGUGACCAAUAACUUACUAGCCUUGUCUGAAGUGCAGACCGAAACAACUUCCAACUUCGAUCAAUGGAGAGGUUAUUACGUAGGAGGGUAUUACCUUAAAAAUGCUUCUCUGCCGAAACAACUACGUCCUGUGUCCAUCUUCUCGCGCCAAGAUCCCACCCCGCUUGAUAAUCUAUUGAUGAACGUUUACAACUACCGCGACAGGGUGACUGAGCCUAGAUCUUAUUUCUCUAUCUCUUGUGUUCUUUCGCUAGUCUCAGACACAUUUGGCAGAAGACGUGAUUUAUAUCUUGGUGAAAACGGAUGUUUUGAUGCCGUAAACCAAGAGCGUUUUCCGCUAAGCGAUUGUGAGUUUCGUUUGUUGCCUGAGCUGAAAUAUGCUUUUGUUGUAGCGCGAUAUUCACUAGAUCAUGUCGUUAGUAUGAGUAACCUGUCCUACACUAAAUGGGUAUCAAAGUUGACUAAUGUGUUGAGCCACGAGCUCGAAAGCUUCUUGCCUGGAUUCUGCGGUUUUGUAGCUUUGACUGAGGAAAAACCUGAAUUUGUCGAGGCGCUCUUUUUAGACAUGUUUUUGGUAUUGGAGCGAACUGACUCAAAGAUUGGUUCGACUCUUUUAUCCAUUUUCCUGAAAAGCUCAUGUGCUUGGAAGUCUGAAGCCGAUGUUACAGACUUUAAACCCAAGUCUCUGCUUGCCCUGCGCCUGUUUUCUAUGGUAAGAUCGGAAGCUGUAAAGGGUAACGUGUCGCUGAAGAAGCUCUAUCAAGGACUUGAGCUCAAAGAGUUUUACCGUCUCGCUUCUGCUGUGAAAAUGGUUACGUUGGCUUAUAUGAUCUUCGAAGAAUAUGAAGAUAUCAUUGACUCUUCAAAUGUGUUGGGUAUUCAGACGGUCUUUAAAGCUCUAGGUGACUCUGACUUAAUACAAGCGCUUCCUAUUGAGCCGUCGCUAAAUUAUGCUUUCUCGUCUGUUAGCGAACAUAACGCAAGAAGUAUCAAAAACUUUAUGUUCAACAAUUGCCAAUUUGAUGUGGACAGAGCAAUGGGUAACAGCCCCACCGAGCAUGAACUUAUCAAAAGUAGCAGUUUAAAUGGUUUCAAUGGCUUGGCGGAUUUACUUGGCAACGCGAACACAAAUCUCUUCGCCACCGACAAUCAAGAAGCAUACCAAUGGAGCUUGCGAUUAAAUAAUUGGGAUCUCCCAACGCCCGAACACUACUCUUCCGACUCCGAUGCCAUAUAUGCACUGUCUAAAAAGAUCUACAACGCGCCGUAUAACAUUGUUGGAACCGCGAGAUCACACUUGAGAGAGAUUGUAGCACACUCAGCUCAAUUUCACAGCAAGAAGGAAUGGGCAGGCUCGCUAGCAACCACUUUAUGCGCCGAAUUGUAUAACGAGCACGCCACUGAUCUACCGCGUUUAAAGUCCCUCCUAGAUCAGACAAAACUGUUCGAUAAGAAAUGCAUUGAAAAUGGCUCAUUUUUCGAACACCAAACGCAAAUGAAAGGUCGUCAAGCGAUGCUUGGGCUCUCCAGCAGCAAUUACUCGGCAGUCAGCGAAGUAGCGGGGUUGAAGGUAUGUGAGCUACUCGAAAUAGAGAACUAUGCCUCACGGUCUCGAGAGAACUUUGACUUGCAAGAAUCUCUAACAGCGGCAAUACUACUUGGGAAGAAAGCUGAUUGUCUGAAUUGUUUAACAAAAACUCAAAAGUGGUCUAACUUAGCAAUCUUACAAGGAGCACAGGCCCUUUGGCUGCAAGAAGACCAUCAAAUAGCCAUUUCAAUGCUUGAAAGGCUUUUCCGCGAUUCUCAAAACUAUAAUCCAGGUACCUUAGACGUCCUGGGGGCCUGUGCACAAAUAUCACAGGUCCAGGUGAAGGCUUUGCUAGUCGAGUGGACAUCUCUACUUCGAAAAGAGAACGCACAGACCAUUUAUGCCAAGUACAUUUCAGAGACAGCCAACGAGAUAGCCACGGUUGGCGAAUACAGUGAUCGCGCGGAGAUCUUUUUGAAAUUUGGUGAGUUUUGUUUUCAACAGCUAAAGCGCCUAGAAAGCGACAAAACAGUCAGCGAACGGCAGCGGCGGUCAAAACGUGGCAACAUGGAACUUUCAGGUUUGUUAGAGAUUGUGAGAGACUCGAACUCUAACGAACGAGAUAGAAAAGAAGCGAAAAAACAUUUCAAUAGACUAAAAUUGCAGAUUGAACAGGAUCAAGACAUUUUACUGAACCAAACCAAGCAGCAAAAAUUGUUCGCAUGGAAAUCUGCACAUUUCUAUCUCAGUGCUUUAGUUUAUGGAUCUCAUAUGGAUGAUGAUGUUCUGGACAAGUUUUGUGGCCUGUGGUUCCAGCAUGCUGAAGAUGGGGAACUCAACUCGAAGUUAUACCACGAAAUCAGCUCCAUCCCAAGCUUCAAAUUUCUUCCCUGGAUUAAUCAACUCACCUCCCGCCUCAGUAUCGAUAGUACACCAUUUCAACGUAAUUUGCAAUUGACGUUGAAAAGAGUGAUGUUCAAACUCCCAAACGAAACACUGUACCCGCUUGUUAGUCUCAAGCUCUACAGGAGAGUCCAACCGGUUAACGACCCAAUUAUAUUACUGAAAGUGAAAGCCGUGGAGAAGCUUUUCAAGGAGCUAGAGCGUUAUGACAAUGGCCAAUUUUUGCGAGAGUAUCUAUAUCCCAUUGAGGAAUUCUGCGAGAGAUCCGUUGAUCUCUCAUGUUUGAAAAUACCGAAAGGUAGCCGCACCAUUGAUUUGACGAGUUUGAAGGCUGGAAAAUAUUGGCUCGAGGACAUAAAAUUGAAGGCCUUAUCCCUACCCACCAAUCCAUUUCCUAUAACAUGCUCCGCAGAUGGACGGAAGUUGCGCUCAACCAUUACACACCUUGAUCCGAAUGUGUUUAUAUCCUCCUCGGGGCUAUCGCUGCCAAAAAUUGCAACAUUUUAUCUGUCUGAUGGAUCUAGGCGUAAGGUUCUCAUGAAGGGAAGCAACGACGACUUGAGGCAGGAUUCAAUUAUGGAGCAGGUUUUUAAGCAGGUAAACCAGAUUUUGCUCAAGAACAAGCAGACGAGAGAGCGCAAUUUACGAAUAAGGACUUACGAAGUUGUGCCACUUGGACCACAAGCCGGUCUUAUAGAGUUUGUCCCCGAUUCCGUGUCGCUCCAUGAAGUGCUGAACAAACUGCAUAAGAAUGACGAGCUCUCCUUCGACAAAGCCAGAAAAAUAAUGAAACAAAGCCAAAGCAAGCCGCUCGAUGAGAGAAUCGAAGCCUAUUCUAGCAUUUGCGACUAUAUCAAGCCUCGGCUACGGCAGUUUUUCUUCCAGUCCUUUGAUGACUCUCAGGCCUGGUUGGAUGCGAAAUACGCUUAUACUAAAGCUGUGGUCACUACCUCUAUCGUUGGCUACAUUUUAGGACUGGGGGACAGGCACUUGAAUAAUAUUCUAUUGGACAAGUCAAAUGGCGAGCCUGUACACAUAGACUUAGGCGUGGCUUUUGAUCAGGGAAAGCUUUUGCCCAUACCUGAACUUGUGCCUUUCCGGCUGACAAGAGACAUCGUUGACGGCUUUGGUGUAACAGGCGUCGAGGGAAUAUUUCGCAACAACUGCGAACGGGUUUUCUCAGUACUACACCGUGAGCGUGACAGAGUCAUGAAUGUUUUAAAUGUGCUAAAGUGGGAUCCUUUGUAUUCGUGGGUGGUUUCGCCUCUGCGCAAGAGAAAACUACAGGCACAUAUUUCCGAUGACAGUGAAGAAAUCGAAGUCAACGCCAACGGCACUAGCUCAAAGGAAGAUAACAAUGAGUCUAUGAGGGCUCUUAAAGACGUCCAAAGUAAACUUGAAGGGAAUGGAUUAAGCGUUGAAGCUACGGUGCAAGAUCUUAUUCAGCAAGCAACAGAUGUUGGUAACUUGUCGACUAUUUACAUGGGAUGGUCGCCGUUUUAUUAG